UCUAUUUUUUUAGCUUCCUUAGCCAAAGCCAAAGGUGACCCUUCGAACCACCCAAGAGUCCCUCCACAAACCCAAGAGAAACAAGCCUCUUCUCACCUCCUAAGGUCCCCAAGAACCCCUGUUUUUCACCAUCUACAAAAAUGCACCACUCUCUCCUCCUCCACAUUUCCACGUCUCUGCUUUUCUCUAUCUCUCUCUUUCUCUCAACUAUUUUCUCCACCAUGUCAUCGUUCUCUGUUCGGUUUCUGUCAUCACCUCCUCUUUCCUCUCCACCACCUCAAAUUACGAGGCUCUCUGCCACCCCUGCCACCCCUGCCACCCCUGCCACCUCUGUUUCUCCGGCGGUGGCGCCGGCGGAGGUGGAGGUUGACUCCGGGAGGUUGGAGCCCAGAGUGGAGGAGAGAGAUGGGUUCUGGGUUUUGAAGGAAAAGUUCAGACAAGGUAUUAAUCCUCCGGAGAAAGUUAAGCUUGAGAAAGAGCCCAUGAAGCUGUUCAUGGAAGGUGGGAUUCAAGAGCUUGCUAAGAUGUCUGUUGAGGAGAUUGAUAAAGUUAAGUUGACAAAGGAUGAUAUUGAUGUCAGGCUCAAAUGGCUUGGUCUUUUUCAUAGGAGAAAGCAUCAGUAUGGUAGAUUUAUGAUGAGGCUGAAGCUGCCAAAUGGUGUGACAACAAGUGCACAAACAAGAUACCUAGCCAGUGUGAUCAGAAAAUAUGGAAAAGAUGGUUGUGCAGACGUGACAACAAGGCAAAAUUGGCAAAUCCGUGGUGUGGUUUUGUCCGAUGUUCCGGAAAUUCUGAAGGGUCUUGCUGAAGUUGGAUUAACAAGCUUGCAGAGUGGCAUGGACAAUGUUAGAAACCCAGUUGGGAACCCUCUUGCUGGGAUUGACCCACAAGAAAUUGUUGACACAAGACCCUAUACAAACUUGUUGUCCCAAUUUAUCACCGCAAAUUCUCGUGGAAAUCCAACUAUAACUAACUUGCCAAGGAAGUGGAAUGUUUGUGUAGUGGGCUCUCAUGAUCUAUUUGAGCACCCUCACAUCAAUGAUCUUGCUUACAUGCCAGCCACAAAAGAUGGAAAAUUCGGAUUCAAUUUGCUUGUGGGAGGCUUUUUUAGUCCAAAAAGAUGUGCUGAGGCAAUUCCUCUGGAUGCCUGGGUCUCAGUAGAUGAUGUUAUCCCUGUUUGCAAAGCCAUACUCGAGACCUAUAGGGAUCUUGGCACCCGAGGAAACAGGCAAAAAACAAGAAUGAUGUGGUUGAUCGAUGAACUAGGCAUAGAAGUGUUCAGGUCAGAAGUAGAGAAGAGAAUGCCCGAGCAAAAGCUUGAGAGAGCAUCUGCUGAAGAACUUGUUGAGAAACAAUGGGAAAGAAGAGACUAUCUAGGUGUCCAUCCACAGAGACAAGAAGGUCUAAGCUAUGUGGGUCUUCACAUUCCAGUUGGUCGUGUCCAAGCAGAUGAUAUGGACGAGCUAGCUCGUUUAGCCGACGAGUACGGUACAGGGGAACUUAGGCUCACCGUGGAGCAAAACAUCAUAAUUCCCAACAUCGAAAACUCAAAACUCGAUGCCUUGCUCAAGGAGCCAUUGCUUGGAGACAAGUUUUCACCAGAACCGUCUAUUCUGAUGAAGGGGUUGGUUGCUUGCACUGGAAACCAGUUCUGUGGGCAAGCCAUCAUUGAGACAAAGGCCAGGGCAUUGAAGGUGACAGAGGAGGUGGAGAGGUUGGUGUCUGUGACCGGGCCAGUGAGGAUGCAUUGGACCGGCUGUCCGAAUACGUGUGGACAAGUUCAGGUGGCGGAUAUUGGUUUCAUGGGGUGCAUGACACGGGAUGAAAAUGGGAAGCCUUGUGAAGGAGUGGAUGUUUACUUGGGAGGGAGAAUUGGGAGUGAUUCACAUUUGGGGGAGGUUUAUAAGAAGAGUGUACCUUGCAAGAACUUAGUGCCUUUGGUUGUGGACAUUUUGAUUAGCCAAUUCGGAGCCGUCUCUAGGGAGAGGGAAGAGGCAGAGGAUUGAUUUAGAAAUUAUAUACACCCCUUUUAAUUUUUGGAUGUUCAGAUCAGGCAUUUGGAAAUGAGAAAAGCAGAAGUUAAGGGUGGGUUUAAAAUUUUCAUGGAACUAAAUGUCAAUGGCUUAAAGAAAAGUUGAGGAAAAUUAGAAAUAGUGUUCUACAGCCAGUUUUAUAUCUUUGGAUUUGGGCACGGGACGUAAAGUAUGUAUUGUUGUGUACAUGGACCUAGAAAUCUUUGAAUAUUUACCGAAAAUUAUUGUUCUUUCUAAUUCUAAAGAAAUAAAACAGGGUUUAAUUA